AUGGCAGUACUCCAGGACGAGGCUCAGCACUCGGGUGCAAGAGCAGAGUCCUCGCCAGAUGUCGAGGAGGAUAUGAGCAUUGCUCGAUACUUUGCUACGCGUAUUCCGACAUUGGUUCCGCCUAUGAAUAAGGCCCCAAACCCCUUCCGGGCCCUUAUGCUUCUCAACCGCCAGCAAUGGCUAUUCUUCUGGGUCGCAUUUUUGGGAUGGAGCUGGGAUGCCUUCGACUUUUUCACCGUUUCUUUGACCACUACCGAACUAGCUGAGCAAUUUGACAAAUCAGUCACCGAUAUCACAUGGGGUAUUACAUUGGUGCUGAUGCUUCGAUCGGUGGGCGCGAUUACCUUUGGUAUUGCCGCCGAUCGAUGGGGUCGCAAGUGGCCGUUCGUGGUCAAUCAACUUCUUUUUGUCGUCCUCGAGCUGGGCACCGGUUUUUGUCAAACGUACAAGCAGUUCUUAGCUUGUCGGUCUUUGUUUGGAAUUGCCAUGGGUGGUCUUUACGGUAACGCCGCUGCGACUGCAUUGGAGGACUGCCCGGCUGAAGCGCGUGGUAUUGUUUCUGGCCUGCUCCAGCAGGGUUAUGCUUUUGGUUACCUUUUGGCAACCGCUUUUGCUCGUGGUUUAGUUGGUACCACCUCGCACGGAUGGCGACCACUGUAUUGGUUUGGUGCAUGCCCGCCAAUUCUCAUCAUUGCUUUCCGUUUGUGCCUACCUGAGACGGAAACCUUCCGUCGUCGACAGGAGACACGGGAAGCACUUAGUGGGGGUGUAGCGAAGUCAUUCGUCGCCGAAGGCAAGGUAGCCCUUAAGCGCCACUGGCUGUUGCUGAUGUACCUGGUUCUCCUGAUGGCUGGGUUCAACUUUAUGUCCCACGGCUCCCAGGAUCUCUAUCCCACGAUGUUGAAGAAUCAAUUUAAUUUUUCUGAGAAUGCGGUCACCGUCACUCAGGUUGUCGCGAACUUGGGUGCAUUGUCAGGAGGCACAAUAUGUGGAUGGGCCAGCCAGAUCUUCGGCCGCCGAUUCUCCAUUAUCGCCAUCAGCAUUGUGGGCGGCGCGCUGCUGUACCCCUACACCUUCACCACAAGUCACUCUGUCAUAGCGGCGGCGUUCUUCGAGCAAUUCAUGGUGCAAGGGGCCUGGGGUGUGAUCCCAAUUCACCUGAUGGAGUUGUCCCCAGGACCUAUUCGAACCUUUGCCGUGGGCACAGCCUAUCAGCUUGGUAAUUUAGUUUCAUCCGCCAGUUCGACUAUUGAAUCCACCAUUGGUGAGCGGUUCCCGCUCCCACCGUCCUCGACCGGUACCAAGCGCUACGAGUACGGGAAGGUGAUCUGUAUCUUUAUGGGAUGCGUCUUUGCCUAUACUAUCCUUAUUACCCUGGCUGGUCCAGAGCGUUUGGGCCGAAACUUUGAUGCGGAGCACGAUGCCGAUUUGGCAGCUGUUGCGGCCCACCGUGGUAUGGACGGCGAUGUCAUCGAUGAAACCGACCCAGAGAAGGCGGCGACAUUGCGAAAGGAGUAG